GCCGAGCUGCUCCCUGCGUCCCUGAGCCGUGGAGACAGCAGCGCAGGUCCCCGCACGUGAGGGGCGCGCUGGGCCCCCAGUGCAGCCCAGACCAGCCUCGGACAGGAGUCGCUGAAAGGUUCAGAGGAGACGGUCUCUUUCACGGAGGGACGUCCAGGGUCUUCAUGCAGCCAUGGAUCUGGAUAAACCAUCUGUCUGGGGCACGUUUAAACAGCGGACCAAGCCUUUGUUACUCAACCUGAGCAAGAAGAAGGUGAAAAAGAACCCAAACAAACCCCUAGACGCAAGGGAAAGGCAUCAUCUGGAUCGGCGCCUCAGCCUCUCUGUCCCUGACCUCCUGGAGGCCGAGGACUUUGUCCCUGAGGGUGGUCCAUACUCCGGGGCCCAGGCGUCCUACACCUCCGUGCCCAGCAGCCUGUCCACUGCAGGCAUCAUUCCCAAGAGCAGCAGCAGCUCCUUGAAGCAGUCUGAAGAAGAGCUGGACUGGAGCCAGGAGGAAGCAGGUCAUCUCCACGUGGAAACAGACUCGGAGGAGACCUUCGCCUUUCCGGCCGAGGGCAGGAGGGCUUCCAGCAAUGGCUUCUUCGAUCUGCAGAAGACCACCCUGGGGGACGAUGCUCUGGAAGAGCCAGAGAAGCUCUGUGGACGUGACGAUAUCAAUGCUUCUAUGACAUCCCAGCAUUUUGAAGAACAAUCGACCCUCGGGGAAGCCAGCGAUGGCUUGAGUAACCUGCCCCGCCCCUUCGCCUACCUCCUGACCAUCCACCUGAAGGAGGGCCGGAACUUGGUCAUCCGCGAUCGCUGCGGCACAAGUGACCCCUACGUGAAAUUCAAGCUGAACGGGAAGACGCUGUACAAGAGUAAAGUCAUAUAUAAGAACUUGAACCCCGUUUGGGAUGAGAUAGUUGUGUUGCCAAUACAAAGCCUUGAUCAAAAGCUACGUGUGAAGGUAUACGAUCGAGAUUUAACUACAUCUGAUUUCAUGGGCUCCGCAUUUGUCUCUCUCAGUGAUCUUGAACUUGACAGAACAACUGAACAUAUUUUAAAAUUGGAAGAUCCUAACAGUUUAGAAGAUGACAUGGGAGUGAUCGUGUUAAACUUGAACCUCAUAGUAAAACAAGGGGAUUUCAAGAGACAUCGCUGGUCAAAUCGGAAGCGCUUAAGUGCCAGCAAGUCCUCUCUGAUACGAAACCUACGGCUCUCAGAGGCCUUGAAAAAGAACCAACUCUGGAACGGGAUUUUAAGUAUCACUUUGUUGGAAGGGAAGAAUGUCUCAGUGGGGAACAUGACAGAGAUGUUCGUCCUGUUAAAACUGGGAGACCAGAGGUGUAAAAGUAAGACACUGUGUAAGAGUGCAAAUCCGCAGUGGCGGGAAGAGUUUGAUUUUCACUACUUCUCUGACAGGAUGGGCAUCUUGGACAUUGAAGUCUGGGGAAAGGACAGCAAAAAGCACGAGGAGCGUCUGGGCACAUGUAAAGUGGACCUCUCGUCACUCCCACUCAAGCAAGCCAACUGCUUGGAGCUGCCCCUGGACAGCUGCGUGGGGGCUCUCCUCAUGCUGAUCACGCUUACUCCGUGUUCGGGGGUCUCCGUGUCUGAUCUGUGUGUGUGCCCCUUGGCGGACCCCAGCGAAAGACAGCAGAUUGCCCAUCGCUACUGCUUACAGAAUUCCCUGAAGGACAUGAAGGACAUCGGCCUCUUACAAGUGAAGGUUUUAAAAGCAGUAGACCUCCUGGCUGCAGAUUUCUCAGGGAAGAGCGACCCUUUCUGCUUGUUGGAGUUAGGCAACGACCAGCUUCAGACACACACCAUUUACAAAACCCUCAAUCCCGAGUGGAACAAAGUGUUUACGUUCCCCGUUAAAGAUGUCCACGAUGUUCUGGAAGUGACAGUGUUCGACGAAGACGGAGACAAACCCCCUGACUUUCUCGGAAAGGUCUCCAUUCCCUUGCUCUCUAUUCGAGAUGGACAAACGAAUUGUUACGUGUUGAAGAAUAAAGAUUUAGAACAUGCUUUUAAAGGAGUUAUUUACUUGGAGAUGGACCUCAUCUAUAAUCCGAUCAAAGCAAGUCUCAGGACCUUUACUCCCAGAGAAAAGCGCUUUGUCGAAGAUAGCAGGAAGCUGUCCAAAAAGAUCUUAUCAAGAGAUGUAGACCGCGUGAAAAGAAUCACCAUGGCAAUAUGGAACACAAUACAGUUCCUUAAAAGCUGCUUCCAGUGGGACUCUACACUGAGAAGUACGGUCGCCUUUGUGGUGUUUUUGGUCACUGUCUGGAACUUCGAACUGUACAUGAUUCCCCUGGCACUGUUGCUGCUCUUCGUGUAUAAUUUCGUCAGACCCACGAAAGGGAAGGUCGGCAGCCUCCAGGACAGCCAGGAGAGCACAGACUUAGAUGAUGAGGAGGAGGAAGAUGACAAGGAAUCUGAGAAAAAGGGCAUAAUCGAGAGAAUCUAUAUGGUGCAGGAUAUUGUUGCAACAGUUCAAAAAAUCUUGGAGGAAGUAGCUUCUUUUGGAGAAAGAAUUAAAAACACGUUCAACUGGACGGUCCCGUUUCUUUCCUUCCUGGCCUGCGUGAUCCUGGUGGUCGCCACCAUCACACUGUACUUCAUUCCACUUCGGUACAUCGUUUUAAUCUGGGGCAUCAAUAAAUUUACUAAGAAGCUUCGGAACCCCUACGCCAUCGACAAUAACGAGUUGCUGGACUUCCUCUCCAGGGUGCCGUCUGAUGUUCAAAAGGUGCAGUACACGGAGCUGAGACCCUGCAGCAGCCAGAGCCCCCUUCGCAAGAAGCGCAGCACUGUCUAGGACACGCCGCGACUCGGGACGCCAGCCCCCGGCUCAGCGUUUGGGUGAUCGGACCAGUGUCUUCGCUCUUGCUCGUGCAGUAGCACCGUGUUGUCCUUCUGACACGCGUGUUGUGUGGCACCCUCUCUGUGUUCUCUCCCCUUCUUCAAGUGCACACGCGCACACACACGGGUGUCCCAGCUGCGCAGCGGGUCAGCCCAGCAGAACCGACGACCCAGAGUCUGAGAGAUGAACACCCGUCUCGUGCAGGAGAUACAGCACGGCUGCCACAGGUCUGAACACGCUGCUUGAGAACAGCCAGGAGCCCACCUAGACUCGAGAGUGACUUUGAACUUGUGUUCACACCUCCAGCGGCCGAUUCUCAUUAACAUUCACUCAUUCUCACUCCCCACCCGCACACUCCUUGCAGAUUAUUGCUCAUGGGAGUGUUCGUUUGUUUUUUUCUCUCUCUGAGCUAACAAGUCUUUGAUAACCAUCAUCUACCCACGUCAUGUGUCUUUUGAACAGGUUUUAAAAUAAUGACCAGAAUUAGCUCAGAUCUGGGGGAAUUGGUUAGCCGUGAUUACUGACGACCUGUAUAUAAAAUUUCAGUAAACUCACCGGUGCCGGGAGCCAGCCUGUCUCACGGUCCAUUGCUGCCAAUGGAUGCCCAGCAGGGUCCAGAGGGCGAACCCUUCCAAAAAGUGGAGGGUUCGUGAACGUAUUCGGUUGCCUGAAAAACGCCAUUUCUUCCCAUUUUGCUUUUUUUCCAAAAUACCAUGUCAAAGUCAUAGCUUCAGAAAGGGGGAGGGAGUGGAUGGAUGGAUUCUGAGAGUAUUUAGAAAGGUAAGGGCCGGGGAGCAAGGGUCUACUAAUUGUGGCUGCUAACCUGAUGCUCAUCACUUCAUUUGCUUGCGUUUCUGAGCAAAAAGUACAACUAUGGCAGCAGUCCACAUCGAUCUUUCGUUCCUCCUCGGGGUGAAACAAGCUACCCCGAAUGAAAAUAUGUCUCGGAACCUCUGUCCUGGAAAAGGACCACUUCCUCUAACAAGUAUGUGAUUCCUACAGGCCCCACCAUUUCACAGACACGCCUCCACGUGAAAAUUCGCAUUCUGUGCAUAUACACGAUAUGAAAAUUUCUUUCCUUUCAAAUGCGAUGUAAGUUGUAAAGACUGUAUUUUGUUGACACAUACUUUGUAUGUGCAGUUAUAUAGAGAGAUAUAAUAUAUAUGUAUUGUAAAGAAAACUUGAGGGGAAAAGAUCUGAUUUAAUAGUUUUACUACGGUUCCCCCCACCCCCCUG